AUGGACUUUACACGAUUAUAUAAUGUUUUCAAUUCAGAAAAAGAACAAACAUUGGUCGGCGCGAUAGUGGUAAACACGAAUGACGUUGGCUUUUAUGUAUAUAAAGCCAAUUGUAGCGAUUUGGUCAAGUCCCAUCAUACAACUAUCCGGGACGUGAAUACAUUGCAAGAAGGAUGGUCGGAACAGGACCCGAUGGAGAUCCUGAGUGCCGUAGAGGAAUGUAUCUCCAACACGACGUGCCCGGGUGGAAUGGUGACGGGUUUGCAAGUGGUCACCAUAGGUAUAGCUAACCAACGGAGUUCCGUUGUGGCUUGGAACAAGAAUACCGGCGAACCACUCUGUAAUUUAAUACAGUGGUCGGACAACAGGACAUCCGCCAUGGUGAAUGAAGUUUUGGAGUCGAACAAUAAGUACCGGUUUCAGCGAAUAUGUGGCCUGCCGUUAAGCACCUACUUUAGCGCGUUCAAAAUCCAGUGGUUACUGCGCAACAACGAAAAGGUGAUGUCGGCCUAUGAGACCGGUGAUUGUUACUUUGGUACAAUCGAUACUUGGCUGUUGUGGAAUGUGACUGGUGGCAAGGAAGGUGGAGUGUUUGCCACGGAUUGUUCAAACGCGUCUCAUACAUUUUUGAUGAACAUAAAUACAUUAGAAUGGGAUAAACGAAUAUUAAAGUUCUUUGGUAUUUCUGAAAAAUGUCUUCCAAAAAUAAAAUCGAAUUCUGAAGUGUAUGGAAAUAUUUCUGGAGGAUACCUCAAUAAUACGCCAAUAUCUUGCAUCAUUGGAAACUACCAAGCAGCUCUAAUUGGUCAAAAAUGUUUUCGACGUGGUCUUACGAAAGGUGUACUCAAUAAAAGUGGUUCAAUUUUCACAGUCACCGGGGAAAAUAAAGUAUUAUCUAGAAAUGGACUACUGACAACGAUUGCGUAUCAAUUGGAUUCGAGACCAAUGUAUGCGUUAGAAGGCCCAAUUGCUUCAGCAGGACAUGCCAUAGAAUGGGUAAAAAAAUGCUUGGAUGUUAGAGAAACUGAAUGGUUAGCAUCUAUGAAAAAAGACAGAUUACAAAAUGAAGUAUACUUGGUGCCUGCAUUCAAUGGUUUGUAUGCUCCGCAUUGGAGGCAUGAAGCUCGGAGUAUCCUAAUUGGAGUUGAUGAAUAUACUGUGAAUGAUGAUAUAUUAAGAGCAGCUAUGGAAUCUGUGUGUUUUCAAACUCAAGAUAUUGUUGAAGCUUUAAAUGACGACCUAAAGAUGUCUAUAGACAAAAUACAAGUUGAUGGUGACUUAACAGAUAAUGAGUUUAUCAUGCAACACCUAUCUGAUAUAACGAACUCUCAGAUUGAAAUAUCCAAGUUAAAAAAUAUGACUGCAUUGGGUGCAGCUAUGGCAGCUGGUUAUGCACCUGAAAUUAAUGUCUGGAACGUUUUUUGUAUGCCAGAAGAUAAUAGUGCAAUUUACCAUCCGAAAAUAACGGUUAAAGAACGGAAAAGUCGAAUAUUUGAUUGGAAAAGAGCUUUGCGGAGAACUUAUGAUUGGAUUGAUUACAAACCCAAAAAUAAUCAUUUUUGGGAGAUAGCGUCUAUUACAUGUGGAAUAAUUUUCGUAGGAGCUUUUUUAUGGACAAGAAAAUAA